AAAAGGUGAAAGUGUUUAAACUAUUAAAAAUGGAUGAAGUAUAACUUCAGUUUUUAUUUAUGCAUUCUCUCAAAAUCUUCUAAAGGAAUGAUAUAUGUGAUUGAUAUAUCUUUUACUUUUCAAAAUGAAUAACAAUAACACCAUCUCAUUUUCUAUGUCAGUUACAUUAUGUUACUCAAUCACAAAGUCAGGGACCUAAUAAAAAAACAUGUUUUAGUUAAGAAGUUAAUAAAUCAAGAUCAUGUUUGAUGACCCCUGAAUUUAUGCUAUUUCCUAAGAUAUACGUUUUGGAAAAAAAACUCAACCUAUAAUACGUCACCAACUUCAGGCUUAGGAUAUAUGAGACACCUUUCGGAGAAUAAUACAAUGCAUGAAGUGGCUUUGUGGAACACGGGGUUACUCAAUGAAGCUAAGAGAUCAGGUGUGCCACACAACAUUCAUCCAGCAAAGAGUUGGUUCAUCUGCAGCAACCCUGUCUAGCCAUUUUGUUCUUUUCCUACUCUUGGGGUUGUUUUGCUCAGAAGUCAUCAAGGAAGGAUCUCAAUGUGGCAGAAAGGUCAGUUUCAAAAUUCAUGUUGUCGGGAAAUCCAUCUUCCUUCUUGGAACCGGAAAGGGGAGAUGCCGACGGACCGGCCGCGGCAUUUGGCUCCAACGACGAAGACCCUUCGAAGCUCCUCACUGUUCCAACAGCAACCGGGGGGGUUAGACACAAGUGUCCGGCAUGCUUUAAACAAUACAAGAAAAAGGAGCAUCUGGUUGAGCACAUCAAUACUUCUUACCAUUCUGUUCAUGAUCCCAAGUGUGGGGUAUGCCAAAAGCACUGCAAAUCAUUCGAAUCCCUGAGGGAACACAUCAUUGGCCCCUUGUCCAAAGCUAGCUGUUCAACAAUAUUUGCAGAAAGAGGUUGUUCUUUGUGUUUGAAAGUAUUUGACUGUUCUGAUUCCUUAAGUCAGCAUAGAGAUAUAUGUUGCCUUCCAGCUCCUGCGCCUCUGGGAACAGUGGGGGUUCCUUUUACAGAAAUUGAAUUUGACAAUUCAUCUCUAAGUGAUGUGGAUGGAUAUGGGAGUGGAAGAGAAGCAGUUGCCAUGGAUUGCGCAAUUGUAGGUGGGGGAAGUGACGGAUCGCUCGAUCUUUGUGCUAGGGUUUGCCUUGUCAAUGAAGAUGAGAAGAUAAUUUUCCACAGCUAUGUUGUACCUGAGAUUUCUAUAACUGACUAUAGGAAUGAAAUCACGGGAAUUAAAGAAGAACAUAUCAGAGAUGCAUUGCCACUUGUGGAAGUGAGGGAGAAGAUUCUGGAGAUUCUUCAUAAUGGAGAAUCCAUUUGGAAAGUGAGAAUGGGUGGUGGAAGAGCUAAGGUUCUUGUGGGGCAUAACCUUACUGGUUUCUUACAAUGCCUGGGAAUGUACUAUCCUGACGAUUUACUUAGAGAUACUGCUACGUACCAACCUUUGGCAAAGACAAAUUUUUUCAGCCACACUUUCAAGUAUCUUACCAAGACAUAUCUGGGGUAUACCAUUCAUGAAGGGGUACACGACACAUAUCAAGACAGCGUCACAGCGAUGAGGUUGUAUCAGAGAAUGAGGUUCCAAGACCACCAUCCGGAUCAGAAUGUAAACUUGGUGGCCCCGCAAGACUCCGUGGGCUUCAGUUUAUUCAACUCAAAGCAACUAGAGAGCAUGACACCUAGCGAGCUUCUUGAGAUCUCUAAGGCGAAUUACCAGUGUUGGUGCUUGGAUUCAAGAAGAAAAUAAUCUCUACGAACCGUUUCUUGCACUGCAGUAUGCUUCUAGUUGAUCAAUCCUCAUGAUUGUGUUUAUCUUCUUAAAUACGUAAUUAGUAAACCCUGCAAUGUAUGAACUGGUAGCCAGUUCUGUUUCAAGUGACUAGCUCCAACUCACCGACGCUAAUGCAUUUCGUGAUAGCACUAGACCUGGAUAUUGGAUCGAACCAGUAAUAACCAGACCGACAGCCCGUUUCUAUGACUCUGGACAGGAACCGGUAUCUAGAAACGGUCAAAAUGAGUUCUCCAUCCCCCAAAAUAGGCCUGUACUGGUUUUCAGCCCCGGUUCUUUUUUAAAUAGGCAAAAACUGGAAUGAAAUAGGGACUGACCGAGAAUCGGAACUUGAGUGGACCACUGGACCAGACUUUUUUCACUGGUCCUGGUUAUGGAUUAAGCCACCUUAUGAUCUGGAAUCAGUUGAUCUAGAAUCAAAACUGAAUCUGGUCCACACCUAGUUAACCAAAAUAUUUUGUGGGUAGAAAUGUAGAAUAGCCAUUUGCCUCUACUUCAGCCUAGUUUGUUGAAAGUGUAGUUUAAGACUUGAAGUUGCUGAAUCAAUUGCGUGCUUGCAGCAACUUCACCCACUUUAUAUUUUCUGAUGUAUCAAUAAAAGAUUAAAAACAUCACUCACUUUCCACA